AUGAUUGUUAUAGAUUUAUUUGCUUUACCAGGUGAAGGAACAGACAACAUUUAUUUUUGGGUUGAUCCAACUCGUACAAUAUUAACUGGCAAAGUAAAUAUCGGAGCAUUUCGUACAUAUGCAGAAGGAUAUAAAGCUGAAAAUGAAAUGAUUGAUUAUCAAGCAAUAUCAUUAAAUAAAACCCAAGAUUUUGGUGUUCAUUAUAAAAAAUAUUAUCCACUUGAAGCAUCUUUUUUCAAAUCGUCACUUGAUAAACGCCUACUUGAACAUUUAUGGAAUCGAUAUUGCGUUAGCACAUUGAGUACAUCAGCAUUGUUAAAAAAUGCAGAUUAUAUAACUGGUCAAAUCAAUCAUGUAGUUAAUAAACUUGAACAAGCAAAAAGACAUUUAGGUCGAAUAAGUUUUAGACCAUUACUGGAGCAAGAUAGAAAACAAGAUGAUAUAUUAGCUAAAGCUGCAAAAGAUUCUACAGAGACUGCUAUAGAAGUAAUUAAUUCUUUCAUGUCACAAUUAAUCAAACAAAGUCUAUUCAAUUAA